AUGGAUAGCUUCAUUGUUUACCUUCUCCCUGCAAUUGCCGCAGGACUGUUCUACCGCGUGUUCAGCCGGAGACUACAAUCUGAGUCAUGCUUGAAAGGCCACAAGAAGUUGGCGACAAGGGGACUGUCAAAUCUACUCGAUGAAUAUGAUCAAAAGUAUUUUAAGUCGGUGACAGCGCCCCACACCCCAGAGACAGAUAAGUGGAGAGUUAAGGCGCUCUUCAUCCAUCCUAUCAAGUCUUGCGCACCAGUCGAACUAUCUUCGGCGGAUAUUGAUGGAGCAGGCUUUACGUGGGAUCGAAAAUUUGCUUUUGCAGAACUUUUGAAACCUCAGACGCGCCUCGAUGCGUCUGAAGCAGAGAAGGAACCUAGAUGGACCUUCCGAACCCUACGCACACCAGGCUACGAGAAAUUAGUCCAUGUCAAACCGGAGAUCUGGCUUCCAGUUGAAACCCAAAGGCAUCCAGGUGGCAGUCUUGAAGGCACCGGCUUUCUAAUCAUCAGAUACCCCUACACUCCUUCAGGAGGUUUCGCUCCUCUGACACGACUACUGAUCUCUCUUGGCUUGCUUCCGGCAGAGACAUCGUUCCGCGUGCCAUUGACACCACCUCAGAAUCAUCGGUAUCCUAUUGAACAGGUAACGAUAUGGCGAGAUAGCCCAAACUGGCUGAACUAUGGUCUUCAUGUCCCAUCAAGCCUGAGCGUUUAUCUGGGAGUUAGCAACCCGAUGACCUUGUUCAGGGUUGAACCCAAGAGUUAUAGGGAGGUAUAUCGAUGUGCACCUAGACGCGAGCAGUUAGGCUAUCAAUCCGUUGUAGGAUUUGCAGAUGCGUAUCCAGUCAACCUUUUGAACAUUUCAUCGGUCCAUGAUAUCGGAGACAAAAUCAAGAGCUCCAUUCCUCGCUUCUCGGCGAGGAGAUUUCGGCCUAAUAUCCUUGUUGCUGGACCUAAUGCAUAUAAUGAGGAUGAUUGGAAGAAAAUCCGAGUUGGCAGUCAUGUUUUUUUCUGCGCAUGUCACACAGUUCGAUGCAAGCUGCCUAACGUCGAUCCCGAUACUGCCGAGAGACAUCCCGUGGAACCUGAUAAGACUUUGAAGUCUUUCCGGUGUAUCGACGAUGGGGAUCCUCUCAAUGCAUGCCUUGGCCUUCAAUUGGUGCCUGCCGAAUCUGAUACCUUUUCAAUCCAGAUCGGAGAUGAAAUCGAAAUUCUGGAGAGAGGCGAACAUCAUUACAUCAAGCAGUGA